AUGGAGAUAUUUCUUCAAUUAAUAGGAUGGCAUAGACUUGCUGUUCCAUCAAGUUUAAGAUUAUUCAUUAAUGGAGAUAUUACACUUUUUAAUUGUGGUGAAAAUAUUCAACGUUUUUUAAAUGAACACAAAUUACAUUUGGCGAGAAUAAAAAAUAUAUGUUUUACUAAGAUUACUCCAGAAAGUAUUGGAGGUUUAAUUGGUCUUUUAUUAACAAUAGAUAAUAUAUCAGAUGGUGACAUAACAAUAUAUGGUCCUCAUCCUAUAGAAUGUAUUGUGAACAGUUUUAUGUCAAGCUUUGCAAAAAUGAAAAGUACUAAAGUUAAAGUUGUUCAAUUUGAAUUGAAUGUAUCAUCAGUAAUUAAUAUAAAGGGUAAUGUAGUAAUUACACCUAUAUUGAUAAAUAAGGAAAAAGAAACAAUAACAGAUAAUAACAUUCAACAGGAUUAUAUAACAAACGAAACAAAUGUUAAUAAUAAACGAGUUAUAAUGCAUAACAACAAUAAUAAUGAUAUCAACAAUAAUAAUGAUAUCAACAAUAAUAAUGAUAUCAAUAAUAAUAAUGAUAUCAAUAAUAUUAAUAACGAAAUAAACUUAAUUGUGGAGGAUAAUAAAACGUCUGAAAAUAAUUUUUCAGAAGAAAUAUAUUCUAAUAAUAUGUUAAAAAAAAGGAGAUUAGAAAUGUCACUUAAUGAUAUACCAAAUGAUAAUAUUUAUGAUAAUAAUAAAGAUUCCUUAAUUAUGAACAGUAUAAAACAAACAAUUGUGAAGGAAAAAAAAAAAAAAAAAGAAUUUCAAAAUAUUUGUUACUUAAUUGAGUGUCCUCAUACACCUGGAAAAUUUUAUCCAGAAAAAGCCAAAAAGCUAAAUAUUCCAUCAGGAAAAUAUUAUGGUAUAUUAAAAUCUGGAAAAUCUAUUACUAUAAAUAAUAGAACUAUACAUCCUGAAGAAGUAUGUGAUAAAAAUAUUGAUGGGAGGAAAACAUUAAUUAUUGAUUUAGAAAAUGAAAAUGAUAUUAAUGACUUAAUUAAUCAUCUUAAAUAUAAAGAAAUGUUAUAUUUAAAAAAUUUAGAAUAUAUUUUUCAUUUAUCAAAUGAAGAAAUUAUAAAUAAUAAAAUUUAUAAAGAUUUCUUUUUAGGUAUAAAAAAUGUAAAAAAUGUGAAAUGUAAUUUAUCAAACGAUUCAUUGAAAGUAUGUCCUUUCAUAGCUUCAUCUUCCUUAAAUAAUUUCCUUUCAAAAUUGUUGCCAAACAUUUUUUUAAAAUAUAAGGAGGACACUCCUAUUUAUGAUUUACCUUGUGAAACACCAAUUAAUGAGCAAACUGAGAAUGAUAAAGAAAAAAAACAAGCAUAUAAUAAUUUCAAUAAUAAUGGGGAUAUGCAAAAAUUACUUUCUAAUAAUAUCGAACUAGAUCAUCAAAAAAAAGAACAAGAUAACACAAUAUGUAAUAAUAAAUAUAAUAUAAAUGAUAAACUACAGGAACAAAAUGGUAGUUAUCUUAUUUUCAAUCCGCUAACCAAAUUCAUUUUGCAUCCUUAUCAUAAAAUUGACAUUUGUUUAAGUGAAACCAUAUCAGACUUAUAUCCUGAUAUUUUUAAUACUUCAAAAAUAUCAAAUAUAUUAAAAGAAAAUGAAGAAUUAUUAAAACAUUUUCAAAAUUUUAAUGAAACACAUAUUAAUAAAAUGUCAUCAUAUCCUUGCUUUUAUUUUCUUGGUACAGGCUGCUCAAUGCCUUCAACAUUUCGUAAUGUAUCAGGUAUUAUUUUAAGAAUACAAAAAAAUUUUAGUAUUAUCUUAGAUUUUGGAGAAGGUUCAUUAUAUCAACUAUAUUGGAUGAGUACUUCUUGGAUAAAUUUUUGUAACAUUAUUAAAUCAUUCAGAAUAAUUUUUAUUUCUCAUGCACAUGCGGAUCAUCAUGUUGGGCUUUAUUAUUUAUUGUAUAUGAGAAAAUAUCUAUUUCCAUCCCUAGAUGAUCCACUAAUAUUAAUUCCUGUAACAUUGAAAAAGUGGAUCAAUUUAUUUAAUGAAUUAUUUUUUGAUAAGAAAUUAAAAUUUGUAUAUCUUACUGAAAAUUUAGAAAUAAAGCAACAAAUUGAUGAUGACAACGACAUUUUGAAUAUUCACGUGUUUAAGGUUAAUCAUAUUAACGAAUCUUAUGGUAUAAAAAUAGAAAAUAAAAAAAUAGGAUCCAUUGUUUAUUCUGCGGAUACAAGACCAUGCGAAAACGUGAAAAAGUUUUCAAAAAAUUGUGACAUUUUAAUACAUGAAGCUACCUUUGAUGAUGAAUUAUUAGAAGAAGCAAUUAAUAAAAAACACUCUACUACAAAAGAAGCUAUGGAUAUAAGUUUGGAAGUACAAUGUAAAACAUUAAUAUUAACUCAUUUCAGCCAAAGAUAUCCAAAGAUGCCAAAAAUAAAUUUGGAGGGCUCAUCAGAAAUGCAAGAAAUAUCAAAUAAAACCAUAUAUAGUUUCGAUUAUAUGAAUAUACCCUUAAAUUUAAUAAACGAAUUGCCUAGAUAUUUCACCAUAUUAUUAAAUUUAUUAGAAAAGGUAUUUUAA